UUGGUUAAACAAUGAAGUUUGAUUUGGAAAAGUCCCAGCUCCUUUUGAAUGCAUUGACGUUUGUUUCCUACCGUUGUUUCCCAGGUCAUCCAUUGCAGUGGAUACCUGAAAGUGCGUCAGUACAUGGUGGACAUGGUGCUCUAUGAAUCAUGCUAUCAGACUAUGGGCCUGGUAGCAGUUGGACACUCCCUGCCUCCCAGUGGUAUCACUGAGAUCAAACUCCAUAGUAACAUGUUCAUGUUCAGAGCCAGCCUGGACUUCAAGCUCAUAUUUUUGGACAUGAGGGUGGCAGAGCUGACAGGCUACGAGCCUCAGGACCUGAUAGAUAAGACUCUUUACCACCACGUUCAUGCCUGUGACAUUUUCCAUCUACGAUACGCUCAUCAUUUAUUGCUGGUGAAGGGUCAGGUCACCACCAAGUAUUACCGCUUGCUAUCAAAGCAUGGAGGUUGGGUAUGGGUGCAGAGUUACGCCACCAUUGUCCACAACAGCCGUUCAUCCAGACCUCACUGUAUUGUCAGUGUGAACUACGUCCUCACUGACAUUGAAAGCAAGGAACUACAGUUAUCUGAAGAUCAGAGUCAAGUCACUAAGUGUGGUGUAAGUCUCACUUCCUCUCAGGACCACAGCAGACAAUUCAGAACCAAAGCAGUCAAGAUGAAGACCAAACUAAGAGAAGCUCCCUAUCUUGAGAAGGCUCCUCGCCUCUUCCAGCCGGACCUCUCAUACUGCUCGUCACAAAAGGGGAUGUUGAAAGACAGAUCCCUGUACCCAAUGACCCCUUGCAGGGAGACGAGAACCAACCUGAGACCUGAAGGAGUUCAGGUGUCCUGCAGCCCCACUUACAAUCUGACUCUCCAUUACCCAUCCCAUCAUCAGCAUCUGAACGUUCAGAGCCAGCUGCCCAGCUCAGUUCCCUCCUCUCAGCUAUCUCAACAAAUCAUCGGCUCCCUGCAUAGUAAAGGGGCUGAUGGAUGGAACAUCAGCAACUCCACAGCAGCCAACAAAUACAAAGGGCCUGUACUGGCAGCUGACCGUGGGUACCAGGAUGAUUGUCCCAGUGGAAUGAACCCUCUUUCAAACAGCAAGCUAAAGGACGAAUUCUGUGAACAUUACACACUCGUCCAUAGCAAAGUUUGUCCACAUGCCCAGCCUCAUGCCGCAAAGGGGAGUAAAGCUUUAAACCAGGACAUGCAACAUUAUGCAAAAGGUGACAGGGCCCUGGCUUGCCCUGUGCUCAGCAGCCUGGUACUUGGUAAAGGUGAGCAUGGUGGCUUGUUGCAUGGCAUAGGCCAGUCGCUCCCUGUGCAGAUAGUGCUUGAGCAGAAGAAGAUGCUCUGUAUGAUGGAGACCCCUUACAGUCACAUUGCUGCAGAAUAUCAUCAACCUGCUGACGACCAGCAGCAGUUUGGAGCUGCCACGGAGCCACAGUCCAGAUCUGCAGACGACACAAGAAUGCUGACAGGUAUAGGAGCUCCAUAUAUGUCUUUAAACUUUCAUCAAGUCUUGGGCAAACCUGGUCCUAUUAAGGCCUCCCCUUUUGCCUCACUGAGCAAUAUAACAGAUGGCCAUUGUUACCAAGGUAAAGAGAUGGUGUCUUACAACUGUACUAGCCAGAAUCCCAGCUCCAGCUCAUCUCCUGAGAGCCACAGAGAGACCCCACACUGCACUGGCACAUCUGUCAUCAUCACGAAUGAGAGGUGACCCAGAAAGAGAAGCAGGCUUUAUCCGUGUCUGCACACAUAGCUCUGACACUGCAGCUGAUUGCAUCAUGUUUAAACAGGUUUAGAACUUUUCUGUAAAGCAUAUGUAGUAAUGCAGCAUUUGAAAGUAUUUUAUUUACUUUCUACUGAAUAAAUGAAUGAAUGAUUUGAUCUUAACCUAAACUUAGGACUUUAAGAUGGAAUAAUGUCUGAAUCAUGUGAUCAGAAUAUUUGAAAUGCAAAUAUUACUACUGUUACUUCAGUCAUUUCAUAGCAGGUGUCCAUGUGUCACUUCCAUGGGAACAUGUCUGUGAAGCCUCAGUCAUCCAGGUCAUCUUAGUCUACGGAGCUCGGAAAGAAAAGCCUCUGGACUUCUUUAAGUUGCUUGAAGACAUUUCACCUCUCAUCCAAGAAGCUUCUUCAGUUCUAGGGUCAAAUUGUGGAGAGUCACAGAUUUAAGCCCUGUGGGAGUGUCCCCCCCAAGAGGGGCAAUGGACCCCCUACCUAAUCACACGAGCCAAGGUGUAGGAAACGGGUGUAGGUCACAGUCAGCCAUGGUUCCAUGGGAACAGUUUAGUCUUCAGCUCAUUUCAUUGUUCACCUUCAUUUUCUGUAACUCUUGAACUUGUUGUCAAACUGGUAAAGUUUGAUGUUUUUAGUCUGCCUGUGUUUUAGCUGUGCUGUGUUUGCUUGUGCUGCCAUGAAUACUGCAUAGCAGGCGUGUUGUGAAUUUUCAUAUAUUUAUUGCAUAGCUGAAAUUAUUCGUUAAAACUCAAAAUAUGAUAAGUUAGCGACCAACACAGGAUGAAACACUAUUAAAACUCAAAUCUGUGACAAAUCAGAAGACUUGAUAUUUGAUUUCACUGUUAACAGCUGUCUUCUAACAGGGGCUUGUUUCAGGGUUAGGGUUAGGUUUACUCAUAUAAAUCGAAUCACGUUGGUUUGUUUAUGAUAACACUCAUUCUAUGGCUGAAUAACGACGACCAAAAACCUAAAAACAUUUGCCAAAAAUUAUUAUUAUAAGUAUUUUGGUGUCCAGCAUUCUAACCCUAAAUAUUAAUGUUUGUCUGCUUGUGUUUUUUCAUCCUUUGCACUAUUAUUUUUUUUUAUAAACAAUAAUUUUCUGUGAAAGCAAUCAAAUUAAAGUCAAGCGUAAUAAGCUGGGUUUGUAAUAUUAUAUUAUUCAAACAAGGACUGGUAUAGCUUUGGAAAGAGACUGGUUUGUUCCUGUUUCCUGAUGGUGUGUUUAGUUAACCUGUUACUGACCGGAGCUAACUUUGUACUGCAUACUGCUAAUUUAGCCAAACACUUUCAUUCCAGACUGUACCACACUAUCAACCUGCUUUACACCAGCAUGUCAGUAACAUUUGUAAUUUAUCAAAAUUACAUUAAUAAAGCUAUUUUUAA